CAUUUUUAUUACUAAAAUUAUUAACAAAAAUAACAUAAAUUUUUUAAUUAAGAUAUUAUAAAUUCUAUUCAAUUUAAAACUAUGGAAGAAGGAGCCAUCUUGUCAUUACCUCAAAAAAGGUAUUAUCGUCAGAGGGCUCACUCCAAUCCAAUAGCAGAUCACUGCUUUGAAUAUCCAUCUUGUCCCGAAGAAUUCGACUGGACAACCCUUUAUCCCGACAUCAAAUCCAAUGCCGUAGAAUUUGCUGACAUUGGAUGUGGCUAUGGUGGAUUUCUCGUGACUCUCGGUAAGAUGUUUCCAGAUAAAUAUGCUCUGGGAAUGGAAAUUAGGGUUAAAGUUUCCGACUAUGUUAUGGAUCGAAUCAAAGCACUGAGGACUUUGAAUCCUGGAAGCUAUGGAAACAUUGCUUGCAUUCGAACAAAUGCUAUGAAAUAUUUACCAAAUUAUUUCAAGAAAGCUCAAUUAUCGAAAAUGUUCUUCCUCUAUCCGGAUCCUCAUUUUAAAAAGGCAAAACACAAGUGGCGUAUUAUUAAUAAUGCCUUACUUUCAGAGUAUGCUUAUGUUUUGAGAAAAGGAGGUUUAGUUUAUACAAUAACCGAUGUUGAAGAUCUGCACAAAUGGAUGGUUAGUCAUUUGGAAGGUCAUCCGCUUUUUGAAAGGCUAACUGAAGAAGAAACUAAACUGGAUCCAAUUACACCAAAGCUUUAUCAAAGCAGCGAGGAAGGAGCGAAAGUAGUACGAAACAAAGGAGAUCAUUUUGUUGCAAUAUUUAGAAGAGUGUAAUGCCCAAGAUUUUUUACUUAAAUUGUUACAUAAAACUUAAAUAAUUUGUUUUUUUUUUUUUAUUUUUGAGACCUUGGUAUAAUUAC